AUGGAGGUGGCGCUUAAAGGGAAGGCAAAGAGAAAGCACCUGAAUGAACAGGAAUGUAAUGGACUGGGACAAAGUGCAGAGGGCACUGACGCCCUUACCCAACCCCACACAUCCAACCAUGAGCGGUGGAUGCAUAACCCUAACCAGAGACUGUACCCCAGGACACCAACAAAGCGGCGGAAGUCCGCAGCAGCUGCCUCUGGAAGUCCGUCUGGUAAGCAGAAGGCCAUCAAUGACUUCUUCUCUGUGACAAAAGUCAUAAGUUCCAGUCCACAAAAGUCCACUUUACCCUCCACUUCAACAUUUAUCCAUAAAGAGCUCGGAACUGUGGAUGAGUCGGAGGAUGAUGAUUAUGACGAUGAUGAUAUCAGCCUUUUGGCAGUCCCCUUUGCAGCAGAGCCUGAGGAAGAGGAAGAUGAAAUAGAUGACUACAGUCUUUUAGCUGCUGACUUGUCUCCAGAGCUUGAUUCAGACAAUCAAGCUCCUGUUGGCAAUUGUUGCCGUUUAACUGUUGCCAUGGCACCCAAAAUUGACGAGGACUCGGACGUGGAUUAUUUGGAAGGACUGACGGCAGAGAUGUUCGGAGAUGACGAGGCGUUCGAUGAGUGGGGCGUUCACAGCGAUGAGGACGUGGAGCCCCUUCCCGAUGCCCACUAUGGACUCCUGGGAAGCAGCAAAGUGCUGCUCGAACCUCAGGGCUGCGCGGAGGACCUUCCAGAGGAGGUGCUGAGGCAGGUGCUGUCUCUGGUCCCAGCUCAGGACCUCUAUCAGAGCGCGAGCCUCGUCUGCCAUCGCUGGAGGAACAUCGUCCAGGACCCCAAAUUUGUGCCUUUCAAGAAGCAAUACUACCGCUACCAGAUGAAAGAAGAGCAGACAGUACAGGAGAUUGCCUCCACUCUCAGGAAAAGCAAGAUAACGGGUCCCGGGUCCUCCGAUCACAGCAUUCGAAACCUUGUUGUUUUGAUGGCUAGCCACAAGGUGGGAGAGCGCGUGAGGCCAGAAGACGUGCUGGAGUGUGUGAAGAAACAUCGGCUGUUCCCUCAGGCCGAAGCCUCCAUCAGACUACGUAUUCCCACCAUUCAGAAGUCUGUCCACCUUGGCAUUGAGGGUCCGAACCCGUACGCUGCCAUGGCCAUCAUAUUGAUCCUCAGCGAGAGUGUAAAUGAUGUGCAGGCCUUGGUCUCUCUGCUCAGAAGCUGCAUGUCACUGACAGCCUGCACGGAGUACCUCAGCCACAUGGCCACGAUGCUGCUGGCCUUAGAGAGGAGCAGGGUUAAGAUCAGCAGCAGGUUGCACUACAACAUCUAUCACGUGCUUCACCUGCUGGAAAAUGGUCCAUAUUCUGUCAGUUCCGUCCAGAACGGGCGGCCUGAGAUUCGCCUCACACGAGAGCAGCAGCGGAUCCUCAGCCACAACAUCCAGGAUGGACAUGUGGUCAAAAUAAUGGCAUUUGCAGGUACAGGGAAAACAACAACACUGGUGAAGUAUGCUGAGCAGCGGCCACACCUCCGUUUUCUGUACGUGUCUUUUAACAAUUCCGUGGCUCAUGAGGCCCGCCGCGUCUUUCCCUCAAACGUGGACUGCAAAACCAUCCACUCUUUAGCCUUCAAGGACAUCGGGAAGAUAUAUCAAGAUCACCUAAAGCUGGCAUCUAACGUGAAGCCGUUUUCCAUCAACUCUGUCCUGCCCGAAGGGCACGGUGGUUACACCAAGGCCAAAGUGGUUACGACAACUCUCAACACCUUCAUGGCUUCAAAAGAUCCCAACAUCAACAUCGGACAUGUUCCGAACUACUGCAUGUACAAAGGCGUCCGGAAAUUUCUAGAUAGAGAUGAAAAAAUGAUAUUUGUCCAAGAUGCGAAAACGAUCUGGAAAAAAAUGAAGAACGUCAACGUGAAAUCAAAACAGGCCUAUUACAUGACCCACGAUGGUUACCUGAAGUUGUGGCAACUCCAAAACCCAAAGCCUUGCCUGUCCGAUCGGUACGACGUGCUGUUCAUUGAUGAGGCCCAGGACUGCACCCCCGCCGUCAUGGACGUGCUGCUGGCUCAAAGCUGUGGGAAAAUUCUGGUUGGAGAUCCCCACCAGCAGAUCUACACCUUCAGAGGAGCAGUCAAUGCCCUGCACUCUGUGAACCACACCCACAUCUUCUACCUGACGCAGAGUUUUCGAUUUGGAGCCGAGAUCGCAUACGUUGGUGCCACCAUCCUUAAAGUCUGCAAGGGAGUUCAGAAGAUUCUCGUUGGAGGAAACCAGAAAGGCGGUGUUGGUGAUGAAGCUGCUAAAAGGGCAGUGGGAGCAGUGAGGUCGGGCGUGAGUCCGGCCCCAGGGAAGAUUGGCGUCUUAUCGAGAUGCAACCUCGGAGUGUUUAGCGCGGCAGUCAGCCUCACUGACGCCAACAGAAAUUGCCGUCUUCACUUCAUCGGGGGUGUCCAAAACAUUGGGCUUGACAAGAUCAUGGACAUCUACUACCUGAUGACUCAGCCAGGAAUCAAGUCGAAGCUGAUAAAGGAUUCCCUGAUUCGGUGCUUUUCGAUGAAAAAAGACAACCCCUACAUGGCCUUCAAGAGAUAUAUUUCAUUAACCGAGGACAAGGAGCUGGAUGGAAAAAUGUGCAUUGUGGAGAAAUACCAAAAGCGCCUCCCAGAACUGAUUAAACGUCUGAAAAGUUGCUCAGAAUGUGACCUACAGAAUGCAGAUUUCAUAGUUGGAACUGUUCACAAGGCCAAAGGACUGGAAUUUGACACAGUAAUUGUCAAUGACGACUUUGUGUUCAUCCCCUCUUCAGAUCACAACCUGGAUCACAAUCCAGACUUCUCAUUUAGUAAAAUUCCUGCAGAUGAGUGGAAUCUGCUGUAUGUGGCGGUGACUCGGGCCAAGACCUCAGUGGUCCUCACUAAGAACAUCCUCCGCAUCCUCACACUGGCUGGGGAAUACUUCCUGAAGUCCAAAAUGUCCAGUUCUUUGGCAGCCGGGGGGGACCCUCUCCCAUGUUCCAUAUUCAACUGUCCCAACUGCAUCACGCCGGGCUCAGCAUUCGUCAUGUCCAGAGAAGAUAUGCAGUGUACUUAUUUUCAACCUUCAAGUGGACCGCUGUGCGAGCGCUGUGUCUGGACACGAGUGGGACCCGUCGCCUUUCUCAUGACGGACGACGUGCUCUCCAUGGCCGAGAUCCUCCAGCCGCCAAUGCACCACGCCUUUUUCCCCGAGCUGUUCUUUUAA